AUGCAUGACAAGCGGCUGCAGAAGGCAGUGCACAUAGGAAGCUCGCCGCGGCGGCACGUCGAACUUAAGGCUUUGAUUAUGGAGCAUAUAGACAGCGACCACGGAAGGCGGGCCCCUGUAGAAAAGCCGCUGCGGCGGUCCGCUAAGGGAGGCACAAUGCAUGACAAGCGGCCGCGGAAGGCAGUGCACGUAGGAAGCUCGCCGCGGCGGCACGUCGAACUUAAGGCUUUGAUUAUGGAGCAUAUAGACAGCGACCACGGAAGGCGGGGUGCUUGUAGAAAAGCCGCUGCGGCGGAAACCAGAGGCAUGGAGGCCGUGAGGGGAGCAGGACGCCCCAAAAAAUCAAGGCAUGCUCAGGCGCAGGCUACGGAGGUACCCGGGAGAGCCGCUAGACUGCCGGGGCCCGUGAAGGUCACCCUGUUAAAACGCAAGGCGCGGCCCUGGGAGCGGAGAAAAAUUGACCGAGAAAUACCGGAGCAGUCGGUUUCCUCGAGCAGUGGGGAAUCGGUGAGUAGCAGCGACGAAGAUAGGCAACCCGGGCGGACGGCUCGGGCCAGGAGGGCGGCAUCGGAGGACAUACGACAGGCUAGAGCUGAAGGGUCAUCCACCGCCGGCAGGCAAGCGGAAAGAGACAUCCAGUCUGAAUCCAGGGGCCAGGUCGGGCAACAAGUGGAUUGGCGAGCUCUGGGCAAGACGUUGGCGGCAAAACACGGGGACAAGGCCACGUCACUCAGAGGCACGCUGGAGUCCAACGCGGCCUCAGACCCAGGAGCGAUCGUGGCUUUAAGAAUCGAAGAGUUCUUGGGCUCAGAGGACGGCCGCCAACUUUUUGUGGGGCGGUGCAAAGAACUUAUGGCGAUCGGUCUGGUGGACGCGCUGGAACAGUUUGUGCUGGCGAGUAGGGCAGGAUCGCUGCGAUGGACACACAAAUCACUAGAAGCGAGGCUACGACGGGGACUAACACCCCUUAUCGAGGAAAUUGCAGACCUACUGGCAGCAGCCUUUCGAACUGCGGCGGGAACCUAUCCGGGGGCGAGUCCAGAUUUCGGGGGAAAGUGUACAGUUCCCCAGUUAAUGACGACCGCGUGUCAGAAGGCAAGCGAUGCGGUGCGGGUGCCCGAUGUUCAGGAAUGGUCCCAGCGAAUGGCGGAGGCCUUAUGUGCGCCGGGUUGGGGCGCGGCGGUGGUCGAAGAAUGCGAGAAGAUUCAGCCACAACUCCCGGUCGAGGGUAUUCUGUUGUGGCGAGUUUUCCUGGCGGCCCUCCGGAGCAAGUUUUCCUGCUCAGACACCGGCGCCCAAUUCUCGGCACAGGAACUGCGCCGGGGAUUGUUCCCAGCCGCAGUGAGCCUGGUCCGACUCACCAUCGCCGCUAAGGCAGCACUGGCGGAAACGGAGCUCAUAGCGGUCGAUAAACACCGAGACGGAGCGCGGGAGCAGUAUACCAGACCAAGGUAUACACCGAGCCUUCCGGGGGGGGAGGGCCCGCAGUCGUUCGGCGGCAUGUAUCGAGUCCCUAGUGGGACUCAGUGGCCAGUUGCAGGCCAGGAAGCAGCUCAGGCGCACCAGGCUAGACGCCCGGAGCCGGUUGUAUCACCAUCGAAACGACGUAAGCUCAAUGAGCCAUCGGCUGGCUCUGCUGGGGCAGGUCCAUCAGGCACACUGCCAGCGAUGCGGCCAGCAACGCGGCUCCCGCAGCCGAGCCCGCGCACGUCUCCAAGCACAUCUCAGCAAUCUGUUGAGAUCGUUGCAAGCCCUCUGCAGUUUGUCACGUCAACUUUAUGUGCUAGUCGGCUCAAGUCGCUCUACCCCAAGUGUAACAAAUUGACAUCCCAACUUGGAUCGGAGUCCAUUCAAACGAUUUUCGAGAAUGGAAAAUUUGAGAACCAGCUGGUUCGGCCCUAA